CAUUCAUUUCCUGUCAUUUGCAUCAGUACGUACUAUAGUAAUUCAGCAGAAACUGUUAAUUUGUUUGGCAUAUUUUUCUCUAAGCUGCUAAAAAUGGCGAGAGUAUCAAUAAUCUUUUUCAUGUUGGUGAUUGUUGUAUGUGCAUUCGCUGCACCAGAAGGAUUAAAAUGUCGUGACGAGAAUGAAGAGUAUAGUAAGUGUGGACCGCAAUGUGAGCAACAGUGCAAUAAUUCACGAACUCCAAAAUGUCCGCCCAAGUUGCAUGACCAAAAGUGCUACAAUAAAUGCAUUUGUAAGGGAGGAUUCAUACGUUUGGACGGUCGGUGCAUCGAAGAAGAAUCACAUUUCUGCGGCGGUAAAUAUAUACCCGCUUUUAGUCGACUCUAUUCAUAGAUGUUCGAUCAGUGGGAAAAGAUUCAACAAUGGACAAUUUAAUGAGUUUUGCUGAAAUAUACACACUUGAAGGACCAAAAUAAUGUUAG